GCCCGCCCCUCUUCACGCCAUGACGUCAUGACGCCUAACCAAACCAAAACAGACUAGCAGCCGACGCCGCUUUGAGAGUUUUGAAGCUCAUUCACUGAAAUUCUACGAAAAUUCAAUGAAUCGGGGCUGAUCCUUUGUGAACUUCAGUUCACUGGCCACUGCAGUAAUCUCAAUUUUAGCACAAUUUACAAACUGACUUAACAAUAUGACCUGAAAUGUCAUUAUUACCCUGUGUUUAUUGACCUGCUAAUUGAUACUUGACAAGAGUUUAUUCUGUAGUGCAGGCCUCUGCAGACUUUUGAACAGUAAUUUUUGGGAGCAUAAUUAAUUGAAUAAAGAGAUGAAAUUUUAGGGUUGAUAUGUCACAACGUUCAGAGAAAAUCAAAGAUAUAACAGGACCAGGUUUCUUGAUGACUCCACAAGGAUUCUUAUCAACACGCAACAUGUUCUAGGUUAUCUUUUCCAUGAUGCAUCAACACGAACAAUAAACUGCGAAGAUGUCAGAAGAUCAUCGAGAAAUCAUGUAUGAAACAAUACCAAGGACAAAAAAAAUGGAGCUCUUUCGAACGGGAACGUGGAGAAGGCGGACAACUGGGCGAUCAGAGUUUCAGGAUGUUGUCUAUGAGCCAGUUCUAUCUCAAGGGACAUAUGACGAUGGUGACGAUGAAAUGCUUGUUGAUCAGUUUCGUCGCCCAGAAACUCGAGUACCUUGGUCAGCAGUUGUAUUUGCUGGCAUUCUGUGUCUCGGAGGAGCUUUUCUGUUAAUAACUGCCAUGCUCCUUCUCAUUGGAUAUAUCGAUCCACAGUAUGUUGACAGAACAUGGCCAAUGCUUGUCCUAGGGUUCAUAAUGUUUGUUCCAGGAGUCUAUCACAUGCGAAUUGCUCUGUAUGCAUUUAUGGACCGACCAGGAUACUCGUUUGAUGACAUUCCAGAUUUCGAUUAAAAUUUGCUUGCAUUUGGGUCUGGAGGCAAAACAUUUUGUUUAAUCUUAAAAUGCAAAAUAGAUUUUUCUCAUUAAAAAAAAAAUAAACAUAACACAAAAUACAA